GUCGUUCUGUGAAUCACAUAACAAAAAAACACUCGUUGUUCAACUUGACACAUUCUUCAUAUUAAGGAUCAUUCGAAAAUUUACUUGUGAAUUGGUAGCAGUAAUGAGUUGAUAGGUACUGAAAAAGAGUGCAUUUUUUGAUUUGGAGUUUUCCUGACAUAUUCACCAAUAUUAAAGGAAAAAUUAUAAGUGCAUUCGAGUCUGUUCAAUUCAAUAUUUCCAUUGGAUAUGUUCACGAUGAGAAACUGCAGUAUCAUUUUAUUAGCAACAGUGUUCUUUUUUUGGACCAUAGAUCCAUCAAUGAGUGGCUUGACUGGUCAGCAAAAUACAGACAAUCCAGGCAGUGUCAACAAAUUCAACAGGGUGAGCUUUCCUAACGCUUGGCCAAAUCAAAUUAAUCAGAAUCCAGUAACAGAUUAUACCAAAGACAAGGAUAAACAGGGUGGAGUAUUCAGUCAAGGUUAUAUGUGGCCAGCUCAAAAAUCAGACAAUAAAGACGAUGACAGCGAUAAUGAUGACAGUGAUCAAGGUAAUCCUUACAACAAUGGUAUUACCCAAAAAAAGGGAAAUCUUUUUGGAGGAUUACAGCUCGGUACCUUCGGACGGACACAAAAACCAAGCAAAGACGAUUACGGUAAUGAUAGCAGUAGUGACGACGAUGACGACAGCGAUGGUGCUCAACGUAGAGAUGCAAGGUACAAUGAUGAAGCAGCAAUUCGUGCAUCAAUGAAUGGUUAGAAAACAGAUACAUGCAGCAAGGUGACCAUAAGGACGACUAAAAAAAAACUUUCGAGUUGUAAAAAUUUCAAAAAAAAUAAAAAAUAAAAUUACAUAUAACAGGA